GCGUAUCGGAAGCGUGUGAAAUCCGUGUGUGCGCGUAAUUCGACGACGUGGGGAAAUACGACACGAGUCGGAGAACUCGUAUUUCGGCGCCGGGCGAGAACAGGAUUUUUCAAAUCGCGGGCGUCGAACAGGUCGUUAGACCUGUGAAUCAUCCCUGGUAGAAAUUUCGCGCAGUUUUCCAACAGUUAACGAACAGUCAUAUUAAUACUUCUGCCCAGUAACUGACGAAUAAAACCGUUGGGAUCCUGACGAAGAUAUAACGCUUUCUCUGCAAUUACUGGGCACAAAAGACGCGCAAAUCUGCACUCGUUUUACUAAGCGAAAAAUCGAACUGAAUAAUUGGACAGAGAAACUAUUCAAUUGAUUGACAAGCAAGUUUACUGCUCAUAAGAUGGGCAGUUUUGUGCUGGUAAUAAUGGAUAUUGUAAUUCGUUCAAUGAUAGCGCCUUCGGCUUAAUCCACCGGGAGGAGAGCAAUUAGCAAAACCAGACGGACGGCGAUCGAGUGAAAUGGCUGAAGAGCAGCCGAGAUACAAAUUGAUCUACUUCAACGCGCGAGGUCGGGCCGAGCACAUUCGCUACAUAUUCGCCUACGCGGGCAUCGACUACAUCGACGAGAGGAUCACCAACGAUCGCUGGCCCGAGCUUAAGAAGUCGAUGCCUUACGGGAUGCUGCCGGUUCUGGAGAUAGACGGCAAGCCGAUAGCGCAGAGCAAUGCCGUGGCGCGUUACCUGGCUCGCGAGCACAAUCUCGCAGGCAAGGACGAAUGGGAAUCGAUGCUGUGCGAUGUUCUGGUCGAUACUUUGGGGGACCUGAAACAAUUUAUUUUUCAAUAUCGCACCGAGGAGGAUCUUUUUAAGAAAGAGGAGAAGAAGGCGAAGCUCCUGAAGGAAACGAUACCGUUCUACUUGAAUAAGUUCGAACAGACUGUCGCUGAAAACGGCGGUUACGCGGUGGGUUCUACGACUACAUGGGCGGACUUUGUGUUCACGGUGGCGUUGGAAAACUUCGAGAACAUUUUCGGGGCGAUGGCGUUGGACAACUAUCCGGCGUUACGCGGCUUGAAGAAACGAGUGCACGAAAUUUCCGCCAUCGCCGACUGGCUGGCCAGGCGACCCCAUUCGGAGUUCUGAAAUGACGUCACGACGAAAAACCGGAAGGCCGAACACAUCGACAUGAAAAACAAGUACAUAUCCGCACUUCUCCGGCUCAUUAUCCCGCACCGGCAACGACAGAGAGAGGGAACGUUUUUCGCGUGCAUUACUAGAGAAAAGGUUGAUAUUAUUACUCGUACUUUAUGCCCUUGCUCAGAUAAAACUGCAAUAUCUCGCUUGUAACACGACAUUCAAAGAAAGAGGCUCGGCAUUUUAAAGGACACACCGCGCUGUAAAACUCAUUCCUUCGUUAUAAGUUUGACACAUUUACGUCCCACGCGAAAAAAUAUACCGCGAAAAUAUAUAGCAUCCCGAAGAAUUUCUCGUUUAGCCCACCUUUGAAGGCGAGGGAAAACCAAAGAGAAAACGAACAACCCGCUUUUUAUCUACAGCAAAUUUAGAAAGCAAUUUAAACGCACACGCGAACCACAAAUCUUCGCUGUCUCAUCGAUCGAUCACAAUUUGUGUAAGAUUCAAUUUGUCUUCACAUUGGUGGCGAGUUGUACGAAAAGAAAAAAAGCGAACAAAAAAAUUAAACUUCGCGGAACUGUUGACGAGUGUUAAGAAUGUAACGAAGCUUAUAUUCAAUGUGUUCAUUAUCGUCCAUCAUGCGUGUAUACGUGUGCGUGAGCGGUGCAUUGCUACACAUAAUUUCAAUUGCGCGCGUCGCGAUAGAAUGUCGAGAUUAAAUGUAACGAGAUAAGUACUUCGAGCGCAUAUCUCACGAUGUAAUCAAUAUGCUUGUUCCUCACACAGAGACGGACAGAACGCUCUGCUGAUUUUCUAUUGUCCCUAUUUUAUUUCGAACGAAAUCAAACCGAAUCGGAGCGUGGCGAAUGGAGAUACGAUACAAUACAGGGUAACACUAUAAAUGCGCGAAAAGCAGAAAAAUAUAUAUAUUGAACGAGAUGAAAUUUUAUCGUAAUACAAUUGUAAAGGUAAUAUCACAACAAUGAACACUCGAUUUUUGCCGUGACGAGAGAGAGAGAGAAAGAGAGCGUAUAUAGCAACUUAAUAAACUGUACCGUGCAACAUUUUAGUGGCAACGCACCGUGUCAAGGGAGAUGUCGAGCGAAAAGAUGUGCUUUUAUCGUGUAACUCAUUGUUAGAAAGGGAAGUAACAGGCAAGUAACAGCGGUGCUUCCUAAUGUGCCGUAAUACAGAUAAUAAAGAGCUUUGUGAGCUUUCAUUGACGCUUCAUUGGAGAACGUAUUCGGCGUACGGCAACACAGUCAAUUGUAAUUAUCGAACGAGAUAGAGGAGAGGUUAAGAGAGAGAGAGAGAGAGAGGUAUAUGUCUAAGCGCGGAUGUAUGUGUAACAUUGUAUGUAAUAUUAAGUGUAACGUUAAGUGUUGAGAUUACAGAUGUAAUACAAAUGUUAUUGCGGUUAUACGAAAUGGUGCGACUGAUAAUAAUAACGUGACAUAUGAAUAAGCAUCGUUCUUUAGCAUUUGUGUUUCCAAAUAACGUGGUCAGUUACAAAAAGGUCGCAAUACUUCUUUUUCGAUGAGUUUCGCUAAGUAUCUCGUAUACGAUAGAAAUAUGUACCCACUAUGGAAAAACAAAUUCUCCUAUUGGGCACAGGAUACGUUUCGAAAUUUAUUAAAAAAAAAGUAUUGCAACUUUGUUGUGAUUGACCGUACAUACUUCCCUCUUCUAAAUCAGUCGAUUGUAUUAUGGCUUUAAGAGAUAUACAAUUAAAAAUAACAAUAUUUAUACUUGCCUGUAUGAAUUAGUACGCAUACGUCCCAACGCAUUCGACUCUUAUUGGCCAAAUAUAAAUAUUCUUAUUUUUUAUUGUCCCACUUAAAAUGACGAAUGGAAUGAAUGAUUUUUCAGUAUUUACUUGCCUUCUGUUUUCUUCGGUGGGUCAUAAGCGCAGAAAAUACUGAAAAAUGAGUUCGGUUGGAGUCUAUCAACAGAAAUUUUGGUUGAUGGAAACAGAAUUUCUGAAAAAUAGAUAGAUAAGAAGCAAAUUUGGUUCAUGCGAACUAGAAAUUUUGUUUCUUCCAAACAAAACGCGUUUGAUAGUCCAUUGUCAGGUACACUAAAAAAAAGUAUUUAAAUAUUUAUUUGUAGAAUACAUUGAGAAAAAAGAUUAAAAAUUUAUUUGUGAGAUGUAUGUAUUUGUGAGAUGAUUUAUUUGUAA